ACUUACCGGUUGUAUUCAGGUUGUCUAACACAUUUGCAACGCUCUAGAGCCAUUGAGUUGAAGAUUUUGCAAAACUUGGAAGGAUGUUAUUUCGAGAAUAGCUCUCCUCCUCACAACGAUACCAGUGACCUUGAAAAACAAAAUGGCGGAGUGUGACGUCAGUACCAGCUCCAGUUCGGAUGAAGAGUACGAGAAAAUCGUAGCCCAGGCCGCCCCGGAAGAAGAGGGUGUGUUCAAUACGCUGUCGGCGCUGUCUAAAACUCUCGGCCACGUCAACAAGGGACGAAAACACGACAACUAUAAGCAUGGAAGACGACACAACCAUGGUGGGAGGGACUAUGAUGAUCCGCAUGGAAUUAUGGGAUAUCUGGACUUCCUGUCAAAACCAAAACACGUGGGCGUCUUAAAACGCCACGGUCUUCUUAAGAAGUUAGGACCACUUGGCGGGGUUCUUUUAGGCAUGAAAGGUCACAAGAAAGGUCGCCGUCAUGGCGGCGGAGGUCGUCAUGGCGGCGGAGGUCGUCAUGGCGGCGGCGGUCGUCAUGGAGGCGGGCGGCGUCACCAUGGUAACUACGACUUCGGCAGGCUGGGGAACCUGGGAAGGGGCGCCUGGGGCAGGAAAGGCAGACGAAGAGGACGUGGACAAAGACAAGGCCAUGGUCACGGACAUGGCCAUGGGCACGGUCACGGCGGACACGGUGGUGGGGGGUGGGGAGGUCCCCGAGGGGGUGGGGGAUGGGGAGGCCCCCGAGGGGGUGGGGGAUGUUACAGGGGGAUCCGCAUGCACAACUUCCACGGGCUGGGUGCUGUGCUCGGUGGAGAAGAGUACCACAGCGGAAGCGACAGUGGUAGUAGUAGCAGUGAUAGCGACUGUGACUGA